CUUUCAUUCAACAUCACCAAACAUGCAAGUGAUUGGCAACCCUUACCUCUCCCCACCACCAACCCACUAUUCUUCCCCACCACCUCCACUCCCACAUAAGCAGACUCCGCCACCACCAAAGCUCGCACCAUCACCGCCACCGCCGCCGGCACCACUUGCGCCUGUUCCGCCGAGCCCUCCCCACAACACGGUUAUUAUCGUAGUAUUCGUCUCACUCGGCGGUCUCUUCUUCGCCGCAUUCGUUGCAGCCGCACUCCUCUGCUUCAUGAAGAAGAAGAAGAAGAAGGAAGUGGUUAAUGAGAAGGAGGCUGUUAACGUGGAGGAUCACAUUCAUGUUCAUGAAAGUAUAGUACAAGGACCUUAUGGGCAGGAGAUCAUAAGUUUAACUGUGGACGAAGAUAUUAGGGCACAAGAACUGAUUCAGAAGGACGAGCUUAUAGUUGCAGGUUCUCAUGCUCCCAGAAUUGCGAUAGGAGAGCCAGAAGCAUCUUCUAGAGUGAAAAAGCCAUAUUCUUCUUCUUGAGACCUAAAGAAUUUGAUUAGUUGUCAAUAUGAAUAAGCCAUCGGCUGUCAUCUAUCAUUAGCUUAUGACAUGGCAGUGUAUCCUAAUAUGGCAAAUUUAUCAUUAUAUG